AUGUCUGUCUUUUUCUCUUUAUGUCCUCCCCGCCUCCUCCACCUCCCCCUUCCUCCACCAGUGGGCGCUUGUCGUACCGACAACGAUUGCCCCAGCGACGAGGCCUGCGACAAGGGCCAAUGCACGAAUCCCUGCAACCGCCGAGGGGCGUGCGGGGAGAACGCGCUGUGCAGCGCCGUCCGCCACCAGGUCCGAUGCACGUGUCCGCAGUGUUUCCGCGGGAGACCCGCGGUGAGUUGCACGCCCGACCCGGCGUGCAGCGGACUCGUCACGCAGAGGCCGGGGAUCCCCGGUUCGAAAUGCGACGAAGACGACGACUGCCCCGAAUCCCUCCGCUGCGACGGAAGGCUGCGCGAAUGCCUCAACCCCUGCGAGAGCCACACCUGCGCCCAGAACAAGCUCUGCGAGGUGAGGGACCACGCCCCGGUGUGCGUGUGCCGACACGGCUUCCUCGUCAACGAAGCCGGCGAAUUCGUCUGCUCCCCCGGAGAAGUGGAAUGCCGCUCGGACGACCAAUGCCCGACUCACCUCGCCUGCAUCAACUUCAAAUGCAACAGCCCCUGCCGAGUGAACGACCCGUGCGGCCCUGGCAAGACCUGCGACGUCAACGACCACCGAGCCUUCUGCAUCUGCGACAAGGAAUGCACGACGGAGCUGACCAUCUGCCUCCGCGACGGCGGCUGCCCCCCCAGCCAGGCGUGCCGGAACUAUCAGUGCCAGGAUCCCUGCGCGGAUCACGCGUGCCCCCGAGGGACACCGUGCGUCAGCGAGAACCAUAGGCCCGUCUGCAAAUUCUGCCCCACCGGCUACGUGGCCGAUCCCGCCUCCGGUUGCGUCCCAGCCCCAUGGCGAACCACCACGGAAGCGCCCCCAGCACUCACUAAUGGAACCGGUUGCGAGAGCAAUGCGGACUGUUCCCCUGCCCAGCAUUGUGCAACUAAUCGAUGUGUUGACCCUUGCGUGCCUCGACCGUGCGGGGAGAAUGCAUUGUGUCGGGCGUCGUCGCACAGGCCUGUGUGCUUAUGUCCGUUAGGUUACACGGGGAACCCGAUCGACGGGUGCGUGCGCGUCCCCGACGAGAUCGAAUCGCCUCGCGUCCCCGAGACGGCCGGGCCGCCUCGCGUCCCCCAGACGACCGAAUCGCCUCGCGUCCCCGAGACGGGCGGGCCGCCCGCGACCCAUCCCGCGAUUAAAUCCCCGUCGGACCACGGCGAACCCGUGACCAGUCCACCGACGUCGGACGCUCCGGUCGGACCCGGAACGUUCUCUGUCCCGACUCGACGACCCGAAUAUCCGGACGAACGCGACACUCCCAGACCCGUGAAGCCGUCGACGAGCCCUAGGCCCACGCAUCCGUUCGCGUCGCCGCCGACGACCCCGCGGCAACCCGAAUCGUCGACGCGGCCUUUGUUCCCUCCGACCUCACUCGAACCAGAACAUCCGGUCACACCUGCAAGAACCGAAUCGCCUGCAAUAACGACACGACCUACGUACCCUCAGACACCGUCGAAACCGACACGUCCGACGACGCCGGCGCGUCCCGAACAUCAGGCGACAUCCGCGCGGCCGGAAUAUCCCGUCACGCCGUCGGGUCCCAAACACCCGUUGACAACAACGCAACCAAAGUACCCCUCGCCGACGACACGACCAAAGCACCCUUCGACGACACGUCCAGGAUACCCCGAAACUCCCACAGAAUCAGAACUUUCGAGUCCCAAAUACCCGUCGACACCGACCCCUCGUCCGACCCCCCCCGGCACCCGCGUCCAGUGCCGCACCGACACCACCUGCCCCACCCUCCUCGCCUGCAUCGACAACCUCUGUCAGGACCCCUGCCAAGUCGCGAACUUCUGCGGCGCGAACGCCGAAUGCUUCGUCGUCGCGCACAGGCCUGCGUGCGUCUGCCCGACUUACAUGCACGUGGUCGGCUGCUCAGACAACAGCGAAUGCCCCGCCUCUCUGUCCUGCAUAAACCGACAGUGCCAAAACCCGUGCGUGCAAAACAGCCCGUGCAAACCCGGCGAACGCUGCGAGGUUCGCAACCACCUCACGGUUUGCAUCUCCGUGUGCGAAUGCAAGACGAACCGCGAAUGCUCCGCCGGCCUCUUCUGCGACGGCUGCAACUGCGUCGUCGGAUCACCGAGCCCACCGGAGUUCCGCGAGUGCGGCGACGACGGGUCGUGCCCCGCCGGUCACACCUGUCAGCAGGGGCGAUGCCAGCCAGAAUCGCCGUCGCCGAGUCCGUGCCGCUCCGAUCUCGACUGCGCCGACGGCCACGUCUGCGACGGGGUCUCGUGCGUCGACCCCUGCGGGCUCGGGCCGUGCGGCGCGAACGCGGAGUGCUUCGGUCGAGACCACCAGCCCGUUUGCGUGUGCUUGCCCGAUUUCACGGGGAACCCCGUUGACGGAUGUAGUCCCGCAGCGCCCAAACCCUCCCUGAGCCAAACCCCGCGACCCGUGACCGUGAUCCCCGGCACGGCGACCCCCGUGACCGCCGUGACCCCGGUGACCCCGGCCUGCCAGGGCGACCCGGACUGCCCCCCGCACUUGGCCUGCCGGGAAUCCGGGUGCGUGAACCCGUGCCUGGUGGACAGUCCGUGCGGGUCCGGGGCGCUGUGCACGGCCAUCGCGCACACGCCCCGGUGCUCCUGCCCGCAGGGAUACACCGGCAGCCCCACUGACCACUGCCACGAAGCACGGUGCGCGACGGACUCGGACUGCCCUCCCCCCACGACAUGCGACUCGCACCCGUGCCCCGACCCCUGUGACAUAGACCCGUGCGGACUGAACGCCGUCUGCGAGGCGGGGGAGGGAGCCCCGAUCUGCGCCUGCCCCGAGGGGUUCCACGGGGAUCCCAGGCUGGAGUGCUUCCCAGAUGGCGCCAAAUCCCCCGGUUGCGUCCUCAGUGAGGAAUGUCACUCUCACGAGGAAUGUCUCGAGGGCAAGUGCGUGGAUCCGUGCUUGAAAGACAGGGACCCGUGCGGCGUGGACGCGAUCUGCCGGGCGGUGGACCACGCCGCGAACUGCUUCUGCCCCGAGGGCUUCGAGGGCAACCCGUUCCACGGGUGCACGCUGAUCGCGCGGUGCACCCAGAGCGCCGACUGCGACCCGAGCGAGGUGUGCCUCGACAGACAGUGCAGCGAUCCGUGCCUGCGACCGGAUCUGUGUCCCCGGGGGUCGACGUGCAAGGUCAUCGAGCACAAGGUGCAGUGUCUGUGCCCGCCCGAUCACGUCCCGAGCGUGACGGGAGGGUGCGUGCGCGCCCUCUGCAUCCUGGACACCGACUGUCCCGCCGAGCAGGUGUGCCACGAUCGGACGUGCGUCGAUCGGUGCAGACUGUGCGGGAAGGGGGCGGAGUGCGGUGCGAGAAAGACCUGUGCGUGCCCCGAGGGAUACGCGGGGGAUCCGUACCAGGAGUGCACGAAAUUCACGUGCAGGGACGACGAGGAGUGCACGUCGAAACAGGCGUGCGUUCACGGUAUAUGCACGAGUCCGUGCGUGAGAGACGUGACGUGCGGGGCGAACGCCCGCUGCAGCGUCAUGGCGCACAGACCGAUCUGCUACUGUCCCGAUGGCUUUGACGUCACGACCGGCACGCCGGUGUGCCAGUACAACGAAGACUGCCCGCCCACGGAGCUCUGCGACCGACUGAACCGCGUCUGCCGCAACCCCUGCGUGGACGAGAAGUGCGGCCGCAACGCCGGCUGCACCGUCGUCGACCACGAGCCCCGAUGCAAGUGCCAGCCCGGAUAUUCCGGGAAUCCGUACAUCGAGUGUGCAGUCGCUCACGUGGACCCGUGCGAACCGAACCCGUGCGGAGUCGGCGCGCUGUGCGAAGUCAGCUACGGCCACGCCAUCUGUGUGUGCCCCAAGGGAACCACGGGAAACCCGUUCCAAAAAUGCCUUCCAGAGGGAGACCUGUGCGACGGGAACCCGUGCGGACCGAACGCAGGAUGUCGACUGAUCACCGGGCAGGUGACGUGCUUCUGCCUCCCCGGGUUCAUCGGGCAGCCGCCGAGCGAACGCUGCCGCAGACCGCAGAAUCCAUGCAACCCCAAUCCAUGCGGCCCCCACACCGAAUGCAACGUGAUCGACGGGUACGCAAAGUGCGUCUGCCGACCCGGCUACGUGGAAGACCCGAACACGAUCCAAGGGUGCAAGAUCCCGAACCCGUGCGAGCCGAAUCCGUGUGGCCCCGGUGCCCUCUGCGACCCAAGGAGGAACCCGGUCUGCUAUUGUCCCCCUGAACUCGUCGGGAAUGCCUAUUCCGGCUGUUCCACGCCCGUGGUGGACCGCUGCAGCCCACCGUGCGGUCCGUACUCGUCAUGCUACAACGGCAAAUGCCUCUGCGACUCCGGAUACGAAGGAAACCCUUACGCGGGAUGCACGCUGCCGCCUCGAAACCCGUGCCACCCGUCGCCGUGCGGCCCGAACACCAUCUGCCGCGUGGACGAUCUCGGCGAGGCCGUCUGCGACUGCAUCCCAGGCUUCUGGGUGAGGCCGAACCAGGACGGCUGCGGGCCGGAAUGCGAGACGGAUUACGACUGCCCGGCCGACAAGACCUGUGCCGGGCAGCGGUGCAGGGAUCCGUGCGGCGCCUGCGGGACGCACGCUCUCUGCACCGUCAAGGAUCAUCGUCCGGUGUGCGUGUGUCCCACCGGGCUCACCGGAAACCCCUAUUCCUACUGCUUUGAGAGGAAAAGUAAAGAAGAAAGGAAGAAGACUUCCACUUACUUUUGGAAAAUUUUCGCCCCUUUCGCCCCAGAACCGCCAGAAGUGACUCCACCGUCCAACCCUUGCUACCCGUCUCCUUGCGGCGUGAACUCGGAGUGCACGAUCGCCGACGGUCGACCGGUGUGCACGUGCGUGGUCGGCUACCUCGGCGACCCCGAAGUCGGCUGCCACCCGGAGUGCUUCGUCAGCGCCGACUGCCCCGAACACCAAGCGUGCAUCGCCCAACGCUGCCGCGACCCCUGCCCCGGCUCCUGCGGUACCUACGCGAUCUGCGAAGUGAAGAACCACAACCCCAUCUGCAGCUGUCCCCCCGGCUACACCGGCGACCCGUUCCGUCACUGUUACCCCGAACCGGUGGCCCCCCCACCCAAGGAAGCGGUGGAGACGAACCCCUGCCAUCCCAAUCCCUGCGGACCCAACUCCGUCUGCCGAGUCGUGAACGGACGACCCGUCUGCUCGUGCCUCGAGGGAUACUACGGGAACCCGUGCCGACCCGAAUGCGUGCUCAACUCCGACUGCCCCCUGAACAAGGCCUGCGUGAACUACAAAUGCGUGGACCCGUGCCCCGGCGCCUGCGGGCAGAACGCGGACUGCCACGUCGUCAGCCACAACCCGCUCUGCUCCUGCAGGGAGGGAUACACCGGAGAUGCCUUUGUGGCCUGCUAUCCGUAUUACGAAAAAGAAGAGCGAAACCCAUGCCAUCCAUCCCCAUGCGGCAUCGGCGCCACCUGCACCGUGGAGAACGGCGUGGGCCGGUGCACGUGCCCGUACGGGUACAUCGGCAGCGCCCUCAUCGAGUGUCGACCGGAGUGCACGUCACACGUGGAGUGCCCCACGCACCAGGCGUGCAUCGGGUACAAGUGCGUGGACCCGUGCCCCGGGACGUGCGGUCCCCAUGCGUCCUGCACCGUCAUCAAUCACAACCCGACGUGCUAUUGCGAGCCUGGCUACACGGGGAAUGCCUUCGAGGGGUGUCAUCCUAUCCCGUUGCCACCUGCCGAGCCACAAGAGAAGGGAAGCCCGUGCGAGCCGAACCCGUGCGGCCCCAACGCGGAGUGCAUCUCCGAGGGCGGACACGGGGCUUGUGCGUGCUUGCCGGGUCUCAAGGGGAAUCCGUUCUACGGGUGCCAGCCGGAGUGCAUCCUCAGUUCCGAUUGUCCGCUGGAGAAGGCGUGCAUCAACCAGAAGUGCGAGGACCCGUGCCCCGGGACGUGCGGCGUGAACGCGCUGUGCAAGGUCUACAACCACAACCCGAUCUGCAGCUGUGCGCCGGGGUACACGGGGGAUCCGUUCGUGCAGUGCGUGCUGCCGCCGCCGCGUCCCCUCGUCUGCCAGCUGACCUGCCAGGCAGAAAGUCCCCUCCUCUUCCUCCAUCCCCGACCCCCCACCCCAGUGGCAGUCGAGAACGAAAUCGAACAACCUCUCCCGCCCCUCGCCAAGUACCCACCCCCCACCCCCCCGAAAAAGGUUCCUACAGUGCCCGUUCAAGUGGAUUGUCCGCCCGAACCGGCACUCCCGAAAGAACCGAUCGUAGCGGAAAGACCGCAUUACCAAUCCCCACCUCCGGUCCAUCCCCAGGCCGAAUUGAAAGAGCAAGUGAAGCUCCCUCCGAUUCGCUAUCCCCUGCCCUACCGUCCACCACCGGUGGUGCCCGUCGAGAACGUACAGACUCAUGCGGUAGAAUCGAUCGAAACGAUUCCGUCCCGUCCCGUACGUCCACCUAUUUAUCGUCCGCCGAUAUUCGUCGGCUCACGGCCGAGACCCGAGUCCCGUCCACCACCUAUACGCCCAUCACCGGCUCAACGACCGACGUCGCCGCCGGUGAUACCUGUCGUGGCUGAACGCCCCAAGCAGCCUCCGCCCGUGGAGCCCGUCGAAACCAAGCCCAAGCCAUUUAUACCUCAACCACCUAUAGUUCUCGUAACCCAAGCACCUAUAUAUUACCAACCGACGCCAUCAUACAUCAGACCCCCAGAUCAAAGACCAGCUGAUGUUUCACCCAUCAUCAUUGAAACCAGACCUCCCCCUUCGCCGCAAGUAUCGCAACCAAGUUAUCCAACUCCAACACAACCAAUCGUCAUUCAACAACUUGAACGGCCACCAUUUCAACCGAUUUAUAUUCCGAGUCCAGGUCCAUUGCAGCCAAUAUAUCGACCUUCUCCUGUUCAACCCAUUAUCAUUGAAACGCCGCAACAACCAACUCCAACUGCUCCUGUCUUCAUUCCCCAACCUUCUCCUCCUCCAUUCCCACCACCUCCCCCACAGCCAAUUAUAAUCCAAUCACCUUCACCUUCACCUCAGCCACCAUUCUUUAUCCAACAGCCUCCCGCACCAUUUCCCCCACCACCCCCAGCACAACCAAUUAUAAUCCAAUCACCUUCACCUCCACCCCAACCACCAAUUUUCUUUUCACCUACUCCCGCACCAAUCCCCCCACCACCUCCUGCACAACCAAUUAUCAUACAAUCGCCUCCACCUCCACCUCAGCAACCAGUUAUCUAUUCACCAUCUCCUGCACCAAUCCCCCCACCACCUCCUGCACAGCCAAUUAUCAUACAAUCACCUCCACCUCCACCUCAGCAACCAGUUAUCUAUUCACCAUCUCCUGCACCAAUACCCCCACCUUUUCCAACCCAACCAAUUGUCAUCCAAUCACAUCAACCUCAACCCCAGUCACCAGUUUACAUCCCACAGCCUGCUCCACCAAUACCGCCACCAAUUCCAACCCAACCAAUUGUCAUCCAAUCACAUCAACCUCAACCCCAGUCACCAGUUUACAUCCCAGCGCCUUUUCAACCUCUUCCACCGUCUGUUCCUCCUGCACCUAUCAUUCUCAGCACGCCUGCCCCUCCACCCCGAUAUCCACCUGUGAUUCAGCAUAUAUCUCCACAGCCUGCGUCCCCACAGCCUUUCCCCCCCGUGCACAUUUCCAGACCCGCACCAGUUCAUCCUCCCGCUAUUUACACUCAACAGCCCAUACCCCCCACUCCAGUGAGCCCAACGUUCACACCUAUUUACAUACCGUCUCAACCGCCUGGUUACAGACCGGUCACAUACCUACCUUCGCCUGAGUUAGGGUAUCCCAGCCAUCCAUUCGUACAACCUGUGGUCAUACAACAACCACAGCAGCCUGGCAUCAUAUACGACUUCCCUGUCUCUGCCCGACCGGAUCGUCCGGUGAUUGCCGAACGAUGUCGAUUGGUAGAAUGCGGUCCCGACGCUGAAUGUCUAGUCAUUGACGCCGUAGAAGUCUGUCGUUGCCUUCCGGGAUUCCACGGGGAUCCAAAUAUUGGCUGCAAGUUGAACUGUCGCACCGACGACGACUGUUACCUGAACGAGGCCUGCGAAUUCGGCAAGUGCGUCGAUCCGUGCAUCAACACGUGCGGGACGAACGCAAUCUGUCACGUGAAGCAGCACCAGCCGUUCUGCAUGUGCCUCGAAGGCUACACCGGCGACCCGUUCAGACUCUGCAUCCCCUUCUCUGAGGCGACCCCAUCCGAGACCCCAUGCGGCUCGAAACCCUGCGGCAUCAACGCCCACUGCAAUCCCGACGGCAUCUGCGUCUGCUUCCCCGGGUACCAAGGCAACCCGUACGAAAUGUGCCGCCCGGAAUGCGUGACCCACGACGACUGCUCCAACGACCUCGCGUGCGUGAGCAACCGCUGCCAGAACCCCUGCAUCGGGGUGUGCGGCAUCAGCGCUCUGUGCAAUGUAGUCAACCACCGCGCACUGUGUUCUUGUCCCCCUGAUCUAGUCGGAAAUCCGUACGAGCAAUGUAGGGAACCUGUCAUUUCCCCUCCUUCCCCUGCACCUGUCCCUGUCCCUGCACCCUCUCCUUCGUAUCCUCCUGGAUCCAUCAUUCUCUAUCCAUCGAGCACGCCAGGCAACCCCUGCGUCCCCAAUCCCUGCGGCGUGAACGCCAACUGCCGCCCAACCGGCGAUUACUACUACUCUUGCUACUGCUUCGAAGGCUACGUCGGGAAUCCAUUCCAAUCCUGCCAGCCCCAGUGCGUGUCCAACUCGGAUUGCGCCCGGAACCUGGCCUGUUUGAAUUACCAGUGCAGAGAUCCCUGCCCGGGCACUUGCGGGCUCGGGGCGUUCUGCGAGGUCAUCAACCACUCGCCCAAUUGCGUGUGUCCCGUGGGGUACACCGGGAAUCCAUUCGUCUAUUGCUCUGCGUCCACUCCGACGACCGUACCAGAGCGGACCGGCCCUUGUAAUCCGACGCCGUGCGGGCCCAACUCCCAAUGCACGGUCCUCGCGGGCAUCUACCCCCUCUGCCAGUGCGUGCCGUUGUUCUACGGGAACCCGUUGGUCGGGUGCAAGCCAGAGUGCCUGGUGAACGCGGACUGCUUGGGUCACCUCGCGUGCGUGAGGACCAGCUGCCAGGAUCCGUGCCCGGGCUCCUGUGGGGCGAAUGCGCUCUGUCAGGCGAUCAAUCACGCGGCGGUGUGCAUGUGCCAGCCGGGUUUCUCGGGGGAUCCGUACGUUCAGUGCGUCCCUGCUGUCGCUCCAGUCGAGACACGAGUCUGCGACCCGAACCCCUGCGGCCCGAACUCCCAAUGCCAAGAGCUGGGCACCCGCCCCCUCUGCACCUGCCUUCCCGAAUUCUACGGCAACCCCUUCUACGGCUGCCGCCGCGAGUGCACGAUCGACGCCGACUGCCUCCAGCACCUCGCGUGCCUCCAGUUCCACUGCGUGGAUCCGUGCGCUGGGACGUGCGGGCACGGAGCGCAGUGUAACGUCGUCAAUCACGUUCCGAUGUGUCUCUGUCCCGCCGGGUACACCGGCGAUGCGUAUUCUGGGUGUCUACGAGCGCUGGAGAUCCCGGACGACGCCUGCAACCCCUCGCCCUGCGGCCCGAACACGAUGUGUCGGGUCGUGAACGGAAUCCCCAUCUGCUCCUGUGCUUAUCGCAAUUACGGCAACCCGUUGUACGGGUGUCGGCCGGAAUGCGUUGUCGAUAGCGAUUGCCCCCCCACGCUAGCGUGCAUCCAAAACGAGUGCCAGAAUCCAUGCGACGCGGCGAUUUGCGCCCCGAAUGCGAACUGUUUCGUAGUCAAUCAUAACGCGGUGUGUACGUGUCCCGAGGGACACACGGGAAAUCCGUUUCAGAAUUGCUUCCGCACCUCGCCCCAACCGCCGACGAACCCGUGCCAGCCGAGCCCCUGCGGCGCCAACUCGGAAUGCCGCGUCCAAUACAACUACGCCGUGUGCUCGUGCCUGCCGGGGUACUUCGGGAACCCGUACACCGGGUGUCGGCCGGAAUGCACGAUCGACGCGGAGUGCCCGAGGGACCGGGCGUGCAUCGGGAACAAGUGCGUGGAUCCGUGUCCCGGAAGCUGCGGGAUCAAUGCGUUGUGCACCACCAUCAAUCAUCGGCCGCGUUGUGAAUGUCCCGAAGGAUACGUGGGCGAUCCUUACGUCCGAUGCGACUUGCGACCGCGGCAGGUGGAGACGAACCCCUGCGAGCCGUCUCCGUGCGGCCGCGGAGCCAUCUGCAAGGUGGUGAACGGCUUGGCGAUCUGCACGUGCCCGGAGAAUUACUUCGGGAAUCCGGCCGUCGAGUGUCGACCGGAGUGCGUGCUCAACUCCGACUGUCCGAGGGACAAGGCGUGCAUCGAGUACCGGUGCGUGAAUCCGUGCCACUCGCAGGUGUGCGGGAUCAACGCGUUCUGCGAGGUCGUGAAUCACAAUCCGGUCUGCAAGUGUCCGCCGGAGCACUUCGGGAGCCCUUACGUCCAGUGUCAACGAGCGCCCCCGGAGCCGCCGGUGGUCCGAAAUCCCUGCGUCCCCUCGCCCUGCGGCCCGAACACGGAAUGCCGCGUCGUGAACAACGUGGCCGUGUGCAGCUGUCUCCCCGAAUACCACGGGAAUCCUGCCGUGGGGUGCCAGCCGGAAUGCGUCGUCAACUCCGACUGCCCCCCGAGCAAGGCGUGCAUCAACCAGAAGUGCGUGGAUCCGUGCCCCGGGACGUGCGGCGUGGACGCGCUCUGCGACGUCGUCAAUCACAAUCCGAUCUGCAGCUGUCCGAACGGAUACACCGGCGAUCCAUACAUCCGCUGUAGUCCAGUUCCCAUCGCCCCGCCGCCGCGAACGAACCCGUGCGAACCGAAUCCCUGCGGAGCGAACGCGGAAUGCCGCGUGCACAACGGGAUCGCGGUGUGUUCGUGCAGGCCGGGGUAUUUCGGGGACCCGAAGGUCGGGUGCAGGCCGGAGUGCAUCUUGGACUCGGACUGCCCGUAUUAUCUCAAGUGCGUGAACCAGAAGUGCGUGAAUCCGUGCGAGGGGUACUGCGGGGUGGAUGCGCUGUGCGACGUGAGGAACCACAACCCGAUCUGCAGCUGUCCCGUCGGGUACACCGGGGAUCCGAGUGUCCGAUGCGAGCCUUUGAGACCGACGACGUUCAAGACGAACCCCUGCGACGCCGAGCCCUGCGGCCGGAACAUGGAAUGCACGGUGAGGAACGACAUCGCCGUGUGCAGGUGCCUCCCCGGGUAUUUCCCCGUGGCCCCGAGCGACCCGAGGCAAGGGUGCAAGCGGGAGUGCGAGUACAACGCGGACUGCCCGCUGCACCUGGCGUGCAUCGACUACAAGUGCGUGGAUCCGUGUCCCGGGCGGUGCGCCCCGCAGGCGACGUGUCUCGUGCAGAAUCACGAGGCCGUUUGCGUGUGUCCGCCGGAUCACGAGGGAGACCCGUAUCGACAGUGCACGAGAAGGCAACCCAUCCCCGAGUACCGAAACCCCUGCCAACCGAAUCCCUGCGGCGUGAACGCGGAGUGCAUCCCUCGCGGCGAGACCUACACCUGCCGCUGCCUCCCGACCUACUUCGGCAACCCGGAGCUGGGCUGUCGCCGCGAAUGCGAACGGAACGACGACUGCCCGGCGUACCUGGCGUGCAUCAACUACAAGUGCGUGGACCCGUGCCCCGGGACGUGCGGGGUCAAUGCGCUCUGCGAGGUCAGGAACCACAGCCCGACGUGCAUCUGUCCGGACGGCUACCAAGGAAAUCCCUACGUUCAGUGUACCUACGAGCCUCCUCGAGCUGUGACUCCUCGACCCGAAUGCACCCGAGACGACGAGUGCCCGCUGGACAAGGCGUGCGUGGGGGAGAGAUGCUCGAACCCGUGCGUGCCUGGCGUGUGUGCGCCGAACGCACGCUGCACGCCCGUCAGACACAGGCCGGUCUGUAGUUGCCCCGAUGGAUUCUCUGGGGAUCCGCAGCGACUCUGCGUCCAACUCGGCUGCCGGACCGACUACGACUGCGAGCUGACCGAGGCCUGCAUCACCAACGAAUGCCAGAACCCCUGCCUCUACGAGCGAUGCGGCGCGGACGCGCAGUGCAAGCCGGUGAACCACCGCGCCAUCUGCUUCUGCCCCGACGGCACCCGGGGGAAUCCCCUCGUCCGGUGCCUCAGGCCCGAAUGCACGACCGACGCGGACUGUCCGCUGCAUCUCGCCUGCAUCGCGGAGAAGUGCCAGGAUCCGUGCAACUGCCGGGCUCCGGCCGAGUGCCGCGUCGUCAACCAUCGGCCCAUCUGCUCUUGUCCGUCCGGGUACACGGGGAAUCCCGACGUCCAGUGCACCCUCAUCCCAGCAACACCUAAGGUGGGCUGCACGACGGACGCCGAAUGCCCGAGCGGCCUCGCCUGCAUCAACGGCGACUGUCGAAAUCCCUGCGCCGAGUUCAACCCGUGCGGCCUGAACGCGGAGUGUCACGUCAUGAACUCCCUCCCGUUCCGGACGCUCACGUGCCAGUGCAUCCCGGGAUACGUCGGGAACCCUCACGUGGAGUGCCGACGGCCCGUCGUGGAAGAAAAGGGCUGCCGCUCCGACUACGAAUGCGCCGUGACGGAAGUGUGCGUGCGCGGCGAGUGCGUGAACCCGUGCAAGGUGUCCAACCCGUGCGCCCCGACCGCGGUGUGCACCCCGAUCGACCACCGCGCCCAGUGCACCUGCCCCGACGGAUACACCGGAGACCCCCACACCAACUGCUACCCGACCUCGCCCCGCCCCGCCCGCUCCUGCUCGGCCGACGCCGACUGUAACAGCAUAAACUCGUGCCUGGACAGCCUCUGCGCGAAUCCGUGCCAGACCGCUAACCCUUGCCCCGCUUCCGCCGUGUGCAAACCUUAUCUGCAUCUUCCCUACUGUAUGUGUCCGCCGGGGACCGAAGGGAUCCCCGCUGUCGGAUGCGAAGAGAUCCCGCGAACGCCGCCGCCGGAGUGCGUGCGAGACGAGGACUGCCCGCUGGACAAGGCCUGCAUCAACAACAAGUGCGAGAACCCGUGCGUGGCGAAGAAGCCGUGUGCGCCGAGAGCCAUCUGCAGGGUGCAGGUCCAUCGAGCCAUCUGCACCUGCCCCGAGGGGUGGGGUGGGAAUCCGCACAUCCAGUGCUAUCGCCCCGACUGUCUGACGGACGAGGAAUGCCCCUCCGAUAAGGCGUGCAUAAGCGGGCAAUGCCUGAACCCGUGCCGCUACGGAAACGUCCGUUGCGGCGAGAACGCCCUCUGCCGCGUCACGGUCCACCGGCCGCAGUGCUACUGCCCGCCGGGGACCCAGGGCAACCCGGAGGUGUCGUGCGUCGCCGUCGGCUGUCGGUCGGACUACGACUGCGCCGACGACGAACGCUGCGACGCGCCGAACCGCCGAUGCGUGAAGGUGUGCGACGGGCGGUCCUGCGCCUCCAACGCCAUCUGUCGGGGGCAGAAUCACCGGGCCGUCUGCGAAUGCCCGACCGGAUUCGUCGGGAACCCAUACGUUGACUGCCAACGCGCCCCGGUGGAGAGGCCGGAACCGAAGGCGGAAUGCACCUACGACGCGGACUGCCCCCCUCGGGAGGUCUGCCGCGACGGCAACUGCGUGGACGUCUGCCUCGAGGAGAACCCGUGCGUGGACGGGCAGCAGUGCAAGGUGCAGGACACGCGGCCUCUCCGCACCGUGUCGUGCGAGUGUCCGCCCGACACCUUCCUCGGUCCCAACGGGGUCUGCACCGCGCCAGUGUCGGAACGCCCGGAGUGCCUGUCGAACGCCGACUGUCCCCUGACCCAAGCCUGCAUCAACCAGAAGUGCGUGAAUCCCUGCAACGUGGGUCGGCCGUGCGGGGAGAACGCGUACUGCAUCGCACAGAACCAUGCGGCCGUCUGCCGCUGUAAGGAAGGAUUCACCGGUCGGCCGGACAUCAACUGCUUCAGAAUUGCAGUGACGGAGCCACCUGUGGUGGUGACCACGCCCGAAUGCACGAGCGACGACCAGUGCAGCUACGACAAGGCGUGCAUCGACUCCCGCUGCCAGAAUCCCUGCUUCGUCCGGAAUCCCUGCGCCCCGAGCGCCGAGUGCUACGUCCAGCGGCACAGGGCUCUGUGCCGCUGUCCGCCGGGCACCGUCGGGAACCCGGCCGUCGACUGUCGACCAGGCUGCGAUUCGGACGCCGAGUGUCCUCUGGACCGAGCGUGUCGGGGCCGCCAGUGCGUGGACCCCUGUCUAUACGAAUCCUGCGCCUCGAAUGCGGAAUGCAAAGUAGCUCACCACGUUGCCCACUGUCGCUGCCUCGAGGGCUACCACGGCGAUGCGAGACGCUAUUGCGAGCGGGAGCAGAAGGGUUGUUCGUCGGACGACGAAUGCGGGCCGGGUCUCGCUUGCUUCGAUGGGAUCUGCCUGGAACCGUGCGGACAACUUCGUCCAUGUGGAAUCUAUGCUCAGUGCCAGGUGGUGAACACCAGCCCGUCCAAGACCUUAGUUUGCAUCUGUCCCGAGGGAUACGAAGGAGACCCGUAUCAAGAGUGUAAACCACUGCCGCCAGCAGUGAAAGAGGAAUACGGCUGUCAGUCCGAUGCCGACUGUCCCUUGAGUCAGGCCUGCAUCGCGCGAGAGUGCCGUGACCCGUGCAACUGCGGCCUAAACGCUCAGUGCAAAGUCAUCAACCACCGACCCAUCUGCACCUGCUUGUACGGAUACGAAGGAAAUCCUCACGUCGCUUGCUACGAAGCCGGCUGCAAGAGCGACGCGGAGUGUCCCCUCGACAAGACCUGCUACAACCGCCAGUGCGUGAACCCCUGCCUGGUCCACAGUCCCUGCGCCGUGAACGCCGAAUGCUACCCGUUGAACCACAAGGCGGAAUGCCGCUGUCCGCCCGGCCUGGAAGGGAACGCGUUCGUCCGCUGCGUUCCGGUCGGGUGCAAGAGCGACUACGAAUGCCCGCAGGACAAGGUAUGCAUCACCGGGCAAUGCGUGAACCCCUGCCUCUACCAGAAUCCCUGUGCACCCAAUGCAGAAUGCUACGUCCUCAACCAUCGGGCGCAAUGCAAGUGCCCUCCGGGUCACGUGGGGAAUCCGUUUGAGUACUGUCGUCUACCGCCAGAGCCGGAGUGUCGCACCGAUGCCGACUGCCCUUCUCGUUUGGCCUGCAUCAAUGAGCACUGUCAAAAUCCAUGUCAUGUCAUAAAUCCUUGUCAUGUCUCAGCCAUAUGCGACGUGGUCAACACUCUCCCCGUCCGGAUCGUGACGUGCCAAUGCCCUCCGGGGACGAUCGGCGAUGGCUACUCGUUGUGUGUGGAGCCUGAAGAGGAUGACGGCUGCAAGUCGGAUGCUGACUGUCCGCUGCAACUGGCAUGCAUCAAUCGCGAUUGCAGAGAUCCGUGCAACUGCGGUCUGAAUGCAGAGUGCAAGGUCCUCCAUCAUAGGCCAAUCUGCAGAUGCAAGACUGGUUACGAAGGGAAUCCUCAGAUUGCUUGUGAAGAGAGUGGUUGCAAGAGUGACGCGGAGUGUCCACUGGACAAGACGUGCUACCAAAAGCAAUGCAUCAAUCCUUGUUACAUCCACAACCCUUGUGCUGGGAAUGCAGAAUGCUAUCCUCUCAACCACAAGGCUCAGUGCAGAUGUCCUCCUGGCUUUGAAGGAGAUCCAUUCACAAGAUGCAUCCCAGAAGGCUGUGACUCGGACAGUGAAUGCCCACUGGACAAAGCCUGCAUCUCUAGGCAAUGCGUGAACCCCUGCCUCUACCAAGAUCCCUGCGCUCCCAAUGCAGAGUGCUUUGUCCUCACUCACCGCCCUCAGUGCCGCUGCCCUCAGGGAUACGUUGGGAACCCUAGAGAAUACUGUCAGUUGCCACCCAAGGAACCGGAGCCGGAAUGCCGCCGAGAUGCAGAUUGCCCAGGGGAUCUGGCUUGCAUAGAUGAGCACUGUCAGAAUCCCUGCAACGUAUUUAAUCCCUGCCACCCUUCGGCCAUUUGUCGGGUCAUCAACAGCCUCCCCAUCAAAUCCAUGCAUUGCGAAUGCCCAGUUGGAACUAUUGGCGAUGGCUAUAGUCAAUGCCAUGUUCCAGUUGAAGAAGGCUGCAAGUCCGAUCAGGAAUGCCCACUGCAUUUGGCAUGUAUUAACAGAGAAUGCAAAGACCCUUGUAACUGUGGUAUUAAUGCGAUCUGCCAGGUAAUCCGCCAUCGGCCCAUUUGUCGAUGCCAGCCUGGCUAUGGUGGAAAUCCAAACAUAAGAUGUGAAGAGAUUGGGUGCAAGAGCGACGCUGAGUGUCCACUUGACAAGACGUGCUACCACAAGGAGUGCAUUGACCCCUGCUACAUUAAAAAUCCAUGUGCUCCAAAUGCAGAAUGCUACCCUCUCAAUCACAAGGCUAAUUGCAGAUGUCCUCCUGGCUUUGAAGGAGAUCCAUUCAGAAAAUGCAUUCCAGAAGGCUGUGACUCAGAUAACGAAUGCCCAUUAGAUAAAGCAUGCAUAUCAAGGCAAUGCGUGAACCCCUGCCUUUACCAAGAUCCCUGCGCUCCAAAUGCCGAGUGCUUCGUUAUCAGCCACCGACCACAGUGCAGAUGCCCUCAAGGUUACAUUGAAACACCCAAAGUAGAUGAAGGCUGUAAGACGAACAAUGACUGCCCGUUACAUUUGGCUUGUAUAAAUCGGGAAUGCCGGGAUCCAUGCAAUUGUGGAGCGAAUGCCAUCUGUCAAGUGAUCAAUCACCGUCCCAUCUGCAGGUGCAAGACUGGUUAUGAGGGCAAUCCACAAAUUCAUUGCGAAGAGAUUGGGUGUAAGAGUGACUAUGACUGUCCUCUUGACAAGACUUGCUACCAGAAACAAUGCAUUAAUCCUUGCUAUAUCCAGAACCCGUGUGCACCUAAUGCAGAAUGCUAUCCGCUCAAUCACAAGGCACAAUGCAGAUGUCCUCCUGGUUUUGAAGGGGAUCCAUUCACAAGAUGCAUCCCAGAGGGCUGUGACUCGGACAGCGAAUGCCCAUUAGAUAAAGCAUGCAUCUCGAGGCAAUGCGUUAAUCCCUGCCUCUAUCAGAAUCCAUGUGCGCCUAAUGCUGAGUGUUUUGUGCUCAACCACCGAUCACAGUGCAGAUGCCCUCAAGGCUAUAUUGGAGAUCCCACACGUUAUUGUCAAUUGCCUCCAAGGGAGCCAGAACCAGAGUGCAGAACGGAUGCAGACUGUCCAAAAAGAUUAGCUUGCAUUGAUAACUCAUGUCAGGAUCCUUGUCAUCUGCUGAAUCCUUGCCAUGCAACUGCUAUAUGCCGUGUGGUUGAUAUUUUGCCCAUCAAAACUCUGACCUGUGAAUGUCCUCCUGGAGCAAUUGGAGACGGAUAUUCUGAAUGUGUUUAUCCAGUAGAAGAUAAGGGGUGUAAGUCCGAUUCAGAAUGCCCAAUUCAUCUGGCCUGCAUUCAUGGGGAUUGUCGCGAUCCUUGCAACUGUGGAGUCAAUGCCGUUUGUCAAGUCAUCAGCCAUCGACCCAUAUGCCGAUGCAAGACAGGAUAUGAGGGAAAUCCCAACAUUAGAUGUGAAGAGAGUGGCUGCAAGAGUGAUGCAGAGUGCCCCCUGGACAAAGCCUGCUAUCAGAAGCAGUGCAUUAACCCAUGUCACAUCCAAAAUCCAUGUGCUCCAAAUGCAGAAUGCUAUCCGCUGAAUCACAAGGCUCAAUGCAGAUGUCCUCCCGGAUUUGAAGGAGACCCAUUCACAAGAUGCAUACCAGAAGGCUGUGACUCGGACAAUGAAUGUCCAUUAGACAAAGCAUGCAUCUCGAGACAAUGCGUUAAUCCCUGCCUCUAUCAGAACCCUUGCGCUCCGAAUGCAGAAUGCUUCGUCCUUAGCCACAGGCCUCAGUGCAGAUGUCCUCAGGGCUACAUUGGUAAUCCCAGGCAAUAUUGUGAAGUGCCUCCGAGAGAACCAGAACCUGAAUGUCGUACAGAUGCCGAUUGUCCCAGCGGGCUUGCUUGUCUUGAUGAAACUUGCCAAAAUCCCUGUCGAGUGCUGAAUCCAUGUCAUCCUUCAGCACAUUGCAAAGUGGUGGAUACAUUACCCAUCAAGACCAUGAUCUGUGAAUGUCCUCCUGGAACGAUUGGAGAUGGUUAUUCACAAUGCGAACUUCCCGCAAAAGAGCCUGGUUGCAAGUCAGACCUAGAAUGCCCUACCCAUCUUGCUUGCAUAAACAGAGACUGUCGAGAUCCUUGUAACUGUGGCGUCAAUGCGGAAUGCCAAGUCAUCAACCAUCGUCCAAUCUGCAGAUGUAAGACUGGAUAUGAAGGCAAUGCCAACAUCAGAUGUGAACUAGCUGGUUGCAAGAGCGAUGCAGAGUGCCCGCUAGACAAAACAUGCUACCAGAAACAAUGCAUAAACCCUUGCUAUAUCCAGAACCCGUGUGCCCCUAAUGCAGAAUGCUAUCCGCUGAAUCACAAGGCUCAAUGCAGAUGUCCUCCCGGAUUUGAAGGAGAUCCAUUCACAAGAUGCGUACCAGAAGGCUGUGACUCGGACAAUGAAUGCCCAUUAGACAAAGCAUGCAUUUCGAGACAAUGCGUUAAUCCCUGCCUCUAUCAGAACCCUUGCGCUCCGAAUGCAGAAUGCUUCGUCCUUAGCCACAGGCCUCAGUGCAGGUGUCCUCAGGGCUACAUUGGGAACGCCAGGGAAUACUGUCAAUUGCCCCCUAGAGAACCAGAGCCUGAAUGUCGUCAAGAUGCUGACUGUCCGAGAGGCUACGUCUGCAUUGAUGAGCGUUGUCAGGAUCCCUGCCUUGUGCAGAAUCCUUGUCAUCCGUCAGCAAUUUGUAGGGUCACUGAAACUCUUCCGGUGAAGUCUCUGACAUGUGAAUGUCCUCCAGGCACCAUAGGAAAUGGCUACUCUCAAUGUGUUGGCUGCAAGAAUGAUGCAGAGUGCCCCCUGGACAAGACGUGCCACCAGAAGCAGUGCAUCAAUCCAUGCUACAUCAAGAACCCAUGCGCUCCUAAUGCAGAAUGCUACCCUCUGAAUCACAGGGCUCAAUGUAGAUGUCCCCCCGGCUUCGAAGGAGACCCAUUAAGACGAUGCAUCCCAGAAGGCUGUGACUCGGACAGUGAAUGCCCAUUAGACAAAGCAUGCAUCUCGAGGCAAUGUGUGAACCCUUGCCUCUACCAAGAUCCCUGUGCUCCAAAUGCAGAAUGCUUUGUCCUGAACCACAGACCUCAGUGCCGAUGUCCACAGGGAUACAUUGGCAACCCACGGCAUUCCUGUGAAAUACCCCCUAGAGAGCCAGAGCCUGAGUGUAGACAAGAUGCUGACUGUCCUCGAGGUUUAGCUUGCAUUGAUGAGAGAUGCCAAAACCCAUGCAAUGUCCUACGUCCAUGCCAUCCAUCUGCAUUGUGCAUCGUCAUUGAUACAUUGCCUGUGAAGACUACCACUUGUCAGUGUCCUGCUGGUCUGAUCGGAGAUGGUUAUUCAAAGUGUGAGCUGCCGGUAGAGGAAGGCUGCAAAUCCCACGAGGAGUGUCCUUCGCACCUGGCUUGUAUCAAUAGAGAGUGCCGUGAUCCGUGUGAUUGUGGCGUUAAUGCUGUUUGCCAAGUCAUUAAUCAUCGGCCAUUCUGUAGAUGUAGACCUGGCUAUGAAGGGAAUCCUAACAUUAGGUGUGAGGAAGCUGGCUGCAAAAGUGAUGCUGAGUGUCCUCUGGACCAGACAUGCCACCAGAAGCAAUGCAUCAACCCAUGCUACAUCAAGAACCCAUGCGCUGUGAAUGCCGAAUGUUAUCCACUCAAUCAUAAGGCUCAAUGUAGAUGUCCUCCUGGAUUUGAAGGGGAUCCAUUCACAAGAUGCAUCCCAGAAGGCUGUGACUCGGACAAUGAGUGCCCACUGGACAAAGCAUGCAUCUCAAGGCAGUGCGUCGAUCCCUGCCUCUAUCAGGAUCCCUGCGCUCCGAAUGCCGAAUGUUUCGUCGUCAACCAUCGCCCACAGUGCAGAUGUCCUCAAGGUUACAUUGGCAAUCCAAGACAAUAUUGCGAACUGCCUCCAAGGGAACCAGAACCAGAAUGCAGACAAGAUGCUGACUGUGGAAAGGGACUGGCAUGCAUAAAUGAGCGUUGCCAGAAUCCUUGCCGCUUAUUGAAUCCCUGCCAUCCUUCAGCCAUGUGUGAAGUGGUUGAUACGCUUCCUGUAAAAACCAUGGUGUGCAAGUGUCCUAUCGGCACCAGCGGGGACGGAUAUACACAAUGUGUGGCACCAGAAAGACAAGAAGGUUGCCGCAGCGAUGCUGACUGCCUCCAACAUCUCGCCUGCAUUAACCGUGAUUGUAGAGACCCCUGCAACUGCGGAGUGAAUGCCAUAUGUCAGGUCAUCAACCAUCGCCCAAUCUGUCGGUGCAAGACAGGUUAUGAAGGAAAUCCUAACAUUAGAUGCGAAGAGAUUGGAUGCAAGAGUGAUGCGGAGUGCCCCUCGGAUAAGGCCUGCUACCAGAAGCAGUGUCUCAAUCCCUGCUACAUCCAAAAUCCAUGUGCUGUGAAUGCAGAAUGCUACCCGCUCAAUCACAAGGCUCAAUGCAGAUGUCCCCCCGGCUUCGAAGGAGACCCAUUAAGACGAUGCAUCCCAGAAGGCUGUGACUCGGACAAUGAAUGCCCAUUAGACAAAGCAUGCAUUUCAAGGCAAUGCGUGAAUCCCUGCCUCUAUCAGAAUCCAUGUGCGCCUAAUGCCGAGUGCUUUGUCCUCAAUCACCGACCACAAUGCCGAUGUCCAACUGGGACUGUGGGCAACCCAAGGGAGUACUGCCAAGUUCCACCAAGAGAGCCAGAACCAGAAUGCAGGACAGAUGCUGAAUGCCCUAGAGAAUACCCAGUCGAGGAGGGCUGCAAAUCUGACAGUGAAUGUCCGCAGCACCUGGCCUGCAUCAAUAGAGAAUGCCGAGAUCCCUGCAACUGUGGUAUUAAUGCUGAAUGCCAGGUGGUUAACCACCGACCCAUCUGCCGCUGCCGAACAGGGUUUGAGGGGAACCCCAACAUUCGAUGCGAAGAAAUUGGCUGCAAGAGCGAUGCAGAGUGUCCCUUGGAUAAGACUUGCUACCAAAAGCAGUGCAUCAAUCCUUGCUACGUCCAGAAUCCAUGUGCACCAAAUGCAGAAUGCUAUCCUCUCAACCACAAGGCUCAGUGCCGAUGUCCUCCUGGAUUUGAAGGAGAUCCAUUUACAAGAUGCAUUCCAGAAGGCUGUGAUUCAGAUAACGAAUGCCCCCUGGACAAAGCAUGCAUCUCGAGGCAAUGUGUAAACCCUUGCCUCUACCAAAAUCCUUGCGCUAGCAACGCUGAGUGCUUCGUCCUCAACCAUCGACCACAGAAACUCAUCAGGAACAUUAUCCUUCCAGUGCCAGUGAGGGAAGAGGGCUGCAAGUCAGAUUCAGAGUGCCCGCAGCAUCUUGCCUGUAUCAAUCGGGAAUGUCGAGAUCCAUGUAACUGCGGAGUGAAUGCCGAUUGUGAAGUCAUUAAUCAUCGACCAAUCUGCAAGUGCAAGCGUGGAUACGAAGGAAAUCCAAACCUCAGAUGCGAAGAAAUUGGCUGCAAGAGUGAUGCAGAGUGUCCCCUGGACAAGACGUGCUACCAGAAACAAUGCAUCAAUCCUUGUCACAUUCAAAAUCCAUGUGCUCCAAAUGCAGAAUGCUAUCCUCUCAAUCAUAAGGCGCAAUGUAGAUGUCCUCCUGGGUUUGAAGGAGAUCCAUUCACCCGAUGCAUUCCUGAAGGGUGCGAUUCGGACAAUGAAUGUCCAUUAGACAAAGCUUGCAUCUCCAGACAAUGCGUGAAUCCCUGCCUUUAUCAGAAUCCUUGCGCUCCAAAUGCGGAAUGCUUCGUUCUUAAUCAUCGACCUCAGUGCCGCUGUCCGCAAGGACUUAUUGGCAAUCCAAGACAAUAUUGUGAAUUGCCUCCAAGAGAACCAGAACCAGAAUGCCGCAAAGAUGCAGACUGCCCAACAGGAUACGCUUGCAUUGAUGAAACCUGUCAGAAUCCCUGCAGAGUGCUGAAUCCUUGCCAUCCAACUGCUCUGUGCAGAGUAAUUGAAACACUCCCUGUGAAGACCAUUACCUGUGAAUGUCCCCCUGGUACUAUUGGAGACGGUUAUUCUCAAUGUCAACGGCCAGUUGUAGAGGAGGGAUGCAAAUCUGAUCAGGAAUGCCCCAACCAUUUGGCAUGCAUAAAUCGGGAAUGUCGAGAUCCAUGCAACUGUGGUGUCAACGCUGAAUGCCAGGUUAUCAACCAUCGACCUAUAUGUCGAUGCAAGACUGGGUAUGAGGGAAAUCCUAACAUCCGAUGUGAAGAAAUUGGAUGCAAGAGUGAUGCAGAGUGUCCCUUAGACAAGACCUGCUACAACAAGCAAUGCAUCAACCCUUGUUACAUCCACAAUCCUUGCGCUGUAAAUGCAGAAUGCUACCCACUCAAUCACAAGGCCGAAUGUAGAUGUCCUCCUGGGUAUGAAGGCGACCCAUUAAGACUAUGCAUCCCAGAGGGCUGUGACUCGGACAGCGAAUGCUCGUUGGAUAAGGCUUGCAUUUCAAGGCAGUGUGUCAACCCCUGCCUUUACCAGAAUCCCUGUGCUGCCAAUGCCGAAUGCUUUGUCCUCAAUCAUCGACCACAAUGCCGAUGUCCUCAAGGUUUCAUUGGGAACGCCAGGGAAUACUGUCAGCUGCCACCCAGAGAGCCAAGGCCAGAAUGUCGCACAGAUGCGGAAUGCCCCAGAGGCUUGGCCUGCAUCGAUGAAAGAUGUCAGAACCCAUGCGCUGUCCUUAAUCCUUGUCAUCCGUCAGCCCUUUGUAGGGUCUUGGAGACUCUGCCAGUGAAGACGCUUAUCUGUGAAUGCCCACCUGGUACCCUUGGUAAUGGAUACUCUCCAUGCGGAGUGACUAUGAAUGUCCUACUCAUCUGGCUUGCAUCAACCGGGAAUGCAGAGACCCGUGCAACUGUGGAGUCAAUGCAAUCUGCCAGGUCAUCAAUCACCGACCUAUAUGUCGCUGCAGGCAAGGCUACGAAGGGAAUCCCAAUAUUAGAUGUGAAGAAAUUGGUUGCAAGAGUGACGCAGAAUGUCCAUUGGACAAGACUUGCUACCAGAAGCAAUGCAUCAAUCCCUGUUACAUCCAAAAUCCAUGUGCUCCAAAUGCAGAAUGCUAUCCACUUAAUCACAAGGCUCAAUGUAGAUGUCCUCCUGGCUAUGAAGGAGACCCAUUCACAAGAUGCAUCCCAGAAGGCUCUGAAUGCUUUGUCCAAAACCAUCGACCACAAUGCCGAUGCCCACCUGGAACUGAAGGUAAUCCAAGGGAAUACUGUCAAGUUCCACCCAGAGAACCAGAACCUGAGUGUCGGACGGAUGCCGAAUGCCCAAGAGGGCUGGCCUGCAUUGAUGAAAGAUGUCAAAAUCCAUGUCAAGCAUUCAAUCCUUGCCAUCCAACAGCAGCUACCUGUGGAGGAUAAGGGCUGCAAAUCAGAUUUGGAAUGCCCUUCUCAUCUUGCUUGCAUCAAUCGAGAGUGUCGAGAUCCUUGCAACUGUGGCGUCAAUGCAAUCUGCGAAGUAGUUAAUCACCGACCGAUUUGCAAGUGUCGGACCGGAUAUACUGGCAAUCCAAACGUCAGAUGCGAAGAAAUUGGCUGCAAGAGUGAUGCAGAAUGUCCAUUGGACAAGACAUGCUACCAGAAGCAGUGCCUCAAUCCCUGUUACCUUCAAAAUCCAUGUGCCCCGAAUGCAGAAUGUUACCCACUCAAUCACAAGGCUCAAUGUAGAUGUCCUCCUGGCUAUGAAGGGGAUCCAUUCACAAGAUGCAUUCCAGAAGGCUGUGACUCAGAUAACGAAUGCCCACUGGACAAAGCAUGCAUUUCGAGGCAAUGCUUGAACCCCUGCCUGUAUCAGAAUCCCUGUGCAUCCACAGCUGAAUGCUUCGUCCAAAACCAUCGACCACAAUGCCGAUGCCCACCUGGAACUGAGGGUAAUCCAAGGGAAUACUGUCAGGUUCCACCUAGAGAACCAGAGCCUGAAUGUCGCACAGAUGCCGAGUGUCCCAGGGGAUUAGCCUGCAUCGAUGAAAGAUGUCAGAAUCCUUGCACAGUUUUCAAUCCUUGCCACCCAUCUGCCUACUGCAGAGUGAUUGAGACUCUUCCUGUGAAGACAAUGGUCUGUGAAUGCCCACCUGGAACAAUCGGCACUGGCUACACUCAGUGUGUACUUCCUGUGGUCGAUGAAGGUUGUAAGUCAGAUCAAGAGUGUCCAUCACAUCUUGCCUGUAUUAAUCGAAAGUGUCAGGAUCCGUGCAACUGUGGAGAGAAUGCUGACUGUCAGGUGAUCAAUCAUCGACCAAUAUGCAGGUGUAAGGUUGGAUAUGAAGGCAAUCCUAACAUCAGAUGUGAAGAAAUUGGCUGCAAGAGUGAUACGGAGUGCCCGCUAGACAAGACUUGCUACCAGAAACAAUGCAUAAACCCUUGCUAUAUCCAGAACCCGUGUGCCCCUAAUGCAGAAUGCUAUCCACUGAAUCAUAAGGCUCAAUGCAGAUGUCCUCCCGGAUUUGAAGGAGAUCCAUUCACAAGAUGCGUACCAGAGGGCUGUGACUCGGAUAAUGAAUGUCCAUUAGACAAAGCAUGCAUUUCGAGGCAAUGCGUGAAUCCCUGCCUCUACCAGAAUCCCUGUGCUCCAAAUGCAGAAUGCUUUGUCCUCAAUCACCGUCCUCAAUGCCGAUGCCCCUCUGGCCUCAUUGGGAAUCCCAGGGAAUAUUGUGAGGUACCACCACGGGAGCCAGAGCCUGAAUGUAGACAAGAUGCUGAUUGUUCAAGAGGUUUGGCCUGCAUUGACGAGAGAUGCCAGAAUCCCUGCACGGUCUUGAAUCCCUGCCAUCCAACAGCUCUCUGCAGAGUUUUAGAAACUCUGCCUGUCAAGACCAUGAUCUGUGAGUGUCCACCUGGGCAAAUCGGAGAUGGCUACUCUGCAUGUGUCGCACCAGUUGUAAAAGAGGGCUGCACUUCAGACGAGGAAUGUCCUACCCAUCUCGCCUGCAUCAAUCGUCAAUGUAGGGACCCUUGCAACUGUGGUGUCAAUGCUGUCUGUGAGGUGAUUAAUCACCGACCGAUAUGCAAAUGCAAGCCGGGAUAUGAGGGUAACCCACAAAUCAGAUGCGAAGAGAGUGGAUGCAAAUCAAAUGCAGAAUGCCCGUAUGACAAGACCUGUUACAAUCGCCAAUGCAUCGACCCCUGUCUCCUGGGCAAUCCGUGCGCUGCAAACGCCAUUUGCUUCGGAGUCAAUCAUCGAGCAGAAUGCAGAUGUCCUGCUGGUUUUGAAGGGGAUCCAUAUAAGAACUGUCUCCCUCUGGGCUGCGACUCUGAUAAUGAAUGUCCUUUGGACAAGGCCUGCGUUUCAAGGCAAUGUGUGAACCCCUGUCUCUAUCAGAAUCCCUGCGCUCCCAAUGCCGAGUGCUUUGUUCUCAAUCACCGACCUCAGUGUCGAUGUCCAGAAGGCUAUAUCGGCAAUCCAAGACAAUAUUGUCAACUACUACCUAGAGAGCCAGAGCCAGAAUGCAGACAAGAUGCCGAUUGUCCGAGAGGAUUGGCCUGCAUUAAUGAAAGAUGCCAGAAUCCAUGCUCGAUCCUGAACCCAUGUCACCCCUCAGCCCAUUGCCGAGUCAUCGAGACCCUUCCUGUUAAGACAAUUAUUUGCGAGUGCCCACCCGGUACCCUUGGCAAUGGGUAUUCACAGUGCUUGGUGCCUCCGAAGGAAAAAGGAUGUCGUUCAGAUGAUGAAUGCCCCUCACACUUGGCUUGCAUCAGUGGAGAAUGUCGAGACCCCUGCAACUGUGGCCAUAAUGCAGUCUGUGAUGUCGUCAACCACAGGCCCAUCUGCAAGUGUCUGCCUGGUUUUGAAGGAAACCCGAAAAUCGCUUGUCAUCCGAGUGGAUGCAGGAGUGAUGACGAGUGCCCCCUCGACAAGGCAUGCUUCAAUCGGCAAUGCAUCAACCCGUGUUACAUUCAGAACCCCUGUGUUCUCAACGCAGAAUGUUAUGUAUCCUAUCACAAAGCCUACUGCCGCUGUCCUCCUGGCUUCGAGGGAGACCCAUUCAAAAGAUGCAUCCCAGAAGGAUGUGACUCGGACAACGAAUGUCCAUUGGACAAAGCAUGCAUCUCGAGGCAAUGCGUGAACCCCUGCCUCUAUCAGAAUCCCUGCGCUUCUAACGCUGAAUGCUUCGUCCAAAACCAUCGACCACAGUGUCGAUGCCCUCCAGGUCUCAUUGGGAAUCCCAGAGAAUAUUGCGAAGUACCACCCAGAGAACCCGAGCCAGAGUGCAGACAGGAUGCAGACUGCCCAAGAGGAUUGGCCUGCAUCGACGAGAGGUGCCAGAAUCCUUGCACCGUGUUCAAGCCUUGCCACCCAUCCGCACAUUGCAGAGUCAUCGACACCCUACCCUUGAAGACGAUGAUCUGCGAAUGUCCACCUGGCACCUUAGGCGAUGGAUACUCCCAGUGUGCGACCCCAGUCGUGGACGAUGGUUGCACGUCCGACGCGGAAUGUCCAUCUCACUUGGCCUGCAUUUAUAGAGAAUGCCGGGAUCCGUGCAACUGCGGCGUGAAUGCCGAAUGCACGGUUGUGAACCAUCGACCCAUAUGCAGGUGCCGGUCAGGCUACGAAGGAAACCCAAACAUUGCCUGCCACGAAAUUGGUUGCAAGUCAGAUGCAGAAUGUCCACUGGACAAGGCAUGCUACAACAAGCAAUGCGUGAAUCCCUGCUACAUCGACAACCCUUGCGCAGUUACAGCCGAGUGCUAUCCACUGAACCACAAGGCUCAAUGCCGCUGUCCACCCGGCACGGAAGGGGAUCCCUUCACCCGUUGCAAGCCUCUGGGCUGCGACUCGGACAACGAAUGUCCUCUGGACAAAGCCUGCAUCAAUCGACAGUGCGUGAACCCCUGCAUCCACCAGAACCCCUGCGCCUCCAACGCCAUCUGCGACGUCUACAACCACCGACCCCAAUGCCACUGCCCCCAGGGGUACAUCGGCAACCCGAGAGAGCUCUGCCGCCUCCCGCCGGUCCAACCCAAGGCCGAAUGUCGAGUGGAUGCCGAAUGCCCGUCCGGGCUGGCCUGCAUCGAGGAAACAUGCCAGAACCCGUGUCGGGUGUUCCAUCCUUGCCAUGCGUUGGCGGUGUGUCGGGUCAUCGACACUCUUCCUGUGAGGACCAUGAUCUGCGAAUGUCCUCCACCUCUCAUUGGGGAUGGGUACUCUGAGUGCAAGCCAGUGGCUCCUCCAAAGCCAACUGGCUGCGUUAGAGAUGAGGACUGCGCCCCGGCUCUGGCAUGCUUUGCUCCAUACUGCCGGGACCCUUGUGAUUGCGGGCAGAACGCCAUCUGCACGGUGAUCAACCAUCGACCGAUCUGCCGCUGCCGAGAUGGAUUUGAAGGCAAUCCUCAGAUCGCCUGCUUUGAAGUCGGCUGUAAGAGCGAUGCCGACUGCCCCUUAGACAAAGCAUGCCAUAACGGCAACUGCGUGAACCCGUGCUACGUGAAGAACCCAUGCGCCCUGACUGCCGAAUGCUUCCCGCUGAACCACCGAGCCCAAUGCCGCUGCCCUCCGGGCACCGAGGGUGAUCCUUUCACCCGUUGCAAGCCUUUCGGCUGCGAUUCGGACGCCGAAUGUCCUCUGGACAAGGCGUGCAUCUCGCGUCAAUGCGUGAACCCUUGCCUUUAUCAGAAUCCAUGCGCUCCGAACGCCGAAUGCUUCGUGAACAACCACCGGCCUCAGUGCCGUUGCCCACCCGGUUACACCGGGAACCCACGAUCCUACUGCCACCUACCCCAACCGGAACGCCAGCCGGAGUGCCGCACGGACGCGGACUGUCCGAGCGGGCUGGCCUGCAUCAACGAGCGCUGCCAGAAUCCUUGCGUCGUCGCGGAUCCGUGCCAUCCGACGGCGCGGUGCCGCGUCAUCGACACCCUCCCCGUGAGGACCAUGAUAUGCGAGUGCCCCCCCGGGACCAUCGGGGAUGGGUACACUUCCUGCAAUCCCACCGAACCCCUGGAAACAGAAGGGUGCAAAUCGGAUGGGGAUUGCGAUGCACGCCUGGCGUGCGUCGGUGGGGAGUGCCGGGACCCGUGCAGCUGCGGUCUUGAUGCCUCGUGUUCCGUGACCGACCAUCGACCCCACUGCAGUUGCCCUCGAGGCUUUCGAGGAAAUCCUCACAUCUCCUGCCUUCCAGUUGGGUGCAGCGGAAACUCGGAAUGCCAGGCGGACCAGGCGUGUCUGAACGGCACGUGUCUCGACCCCUGCGACACCCAGAAUCCCUGCCCUUCGACGGCCGAAUGCCACACGUCGAACCACGAACCGCUCUGCCGCUGCCCCGCCGGCUACGUCGGAAACCCGGCCGUGCGAUGCCGUCCGACCGGCUGCACCUCCGACUCCGAAUGCCCCUCCGACUCGGCCUGCAUCCUCGACCGGUGCGUCGACCCCUGCCUCCAUCGCAGCCCGUGCGGCCCCGGUGCCGAAUGCACGACGGAAGCGCAUCGACCGCAGUGUCGUUGUCCUCCGGGGCACGUCGGCAACCCUCUCGUCGACUGUCGAGUGCCGGAGGUGGAACCGGCUUGCGAGAGCGACGAGGACUGCCCCAGAGGGACCUUGUGCGUCGACGGCAGUUGCCAGAAUCCGUGUCUGACGGCGAAUCCCUGCCACUCCUCGGCUCGAUGCGACGUCGUCGACGCGCGACCCGUCCGGGUCGUCACCUGCGAAUGUCCUCCGGGAAAGAUGGGCGAUGGAGUCGUCGGGUGCGAGGAACCAGAUGUUCCAGGAGGAUGUAACGCCGAUAAAGAUUGCCCGUCCCAUCAUUCCUGUAUCGGCCAUCGAUGCCGCAACCCGUGCAACUGCGGCCUGAAUGCCAUCUGCACGACGAUCCGGCACAAACCGGUGUGCCGAUGCCCGGCCGGCUACGACGGAGACCCGAGCAUCGCGUGCAAGCAAGCCGGCUGCCGAGAGGACGGGGAUUGCCCCCCGGACGCGGCGUGCUCGGACGGGCGGUGCGUGGAUCCGUGCCUCGUUCGGAAUCCGUGCGCGUUCGAUGCGGUCUGCUCGGCUCGGAAUCACACGGCCGUGUGUCGAUGCCCCGAGGGAUCGGAGGGGAAUCCGUUGGAGAGAUGUCGACCGAGCGGGUGCGACUCGGACGACGACGGUUGCCCGGCCGACACGGCGUGCAUUUCCGGGAAAUGCGUGGAUCCGUGCACGCACGAGAACCCGUGCGCCUCCACGGCGGAAUGCGUGGUCGUGGAACACGAGGCGCAAUGUCGCUGUCCGGACGGAGACGUCGGGGACCCGUCGGUCCACUGUCGGCCGGGUCCCCCGCCGCCGUCGAGGCCGGACUGCGGGACGGACGCCGACUGCCCGUCGAAACUCUCCUGCGUCGACGGGAGUUGUCGGGAUCCGUGCGGCGCGUUGGACCCGUGCGACGCGUCUGCCGUGUGCACCGUGAAGGACACGCUGCCGGUGAGGACGGUGUCGUGCGAGUGCCCCGAAGGCACGUACGGGGACGGGAGCAUCCGCUGCACUCCGGUGUCUCCGAGCGUAGAAGAAGACUGCAAGCGAAACGAAGACUGCCAACUGACUCGAGCUUGCGUGAACGGUGCGUGCGUGGACCCUUGCAACUGCGGCGAGAACGCGACGUGCACGGUGGUCGCCCACAAGGCGGUGUGCAGUUGUCGGCCGGGGAGCACGGGGAAUCCCGACAUCGCUUGCCGGAAUGUGGAAUGCGAGGAGGAUGAAGACUGCACGCCGCAGGAAGUUUGCGCGAACGGGACGUGCCUCGACCCGUGCGCGUUGAGACCGUGCGGACUGAACGCCCAGUGCGUGACGGUGGAGCGGGAAGGCGAGUGCCGCUGCCCGCCGGAUCACGUGGGAAAUCCGAACAUCAGCUGCGUUCACAUCGGGUGUCGGACGGAUCGGGAAUGCCCGCCGGAACGGGUGUGCGUGUCCGGCAGGUGCGUGGAUCCGUGUCUGCACCGGAAUCCGUGCGCCGUGGACGCGGAGUGCGUCGCGGUCGACCGCGAGGCACGGUGUCGGUGUCCGCCGGGGCACGAAGGGGACCCUCUGGUCGCGUGUCGGCCGAUCGAGACCGACUGCCGCGUCGACGCCGACUGUCCCCGAGGGCAGGGUUGUACGAACGGGACCUGCCGGGAUCCGUGCAAAGUCCUCGAGCCGUGUCACCCGGCGGCCGAGUGCGCGGUCGUGGACACCCAACCGACCAGGACCCUCGUCUGUCAGUGUCCGAAGGGAACCGUCGGCGAUGGAUAUCACGUCUGUCGGCCCGUGUCGCCGCUCGACGGCUGUGGGGGUCAUUCCGAGUGUUCGGACGACAAGGCCUGCGUGGAUGGCAGGUGCGUCGAUCCGUGCAACUGCGGUGCGAACGCGGACUGCACCGUGAGAGAUCAUCGGCCCGUGUGCACGUGCAAGACGGGGUAUCAGGGUCGGCCUCACAUUUCGUGCACCAAAGUGGGAUGCGGGACGGAUGCCGAGUGUCCCUCGGAUGAGACUUGCCACCGGAGUCGGUGCACGAACCCCUGCUCCGUCGGUGCGCCGUGCGCCGCGAACGCGGAGUGCCACGCGGUCGACCACGAGGCGCAGUGCAGAUGCCCUCCGGGGACGGAAGGGGAUCCGCUCGCGAGGUGCGUGCCCCAAGGGUGCGACUCGGACGACGAAUGCCCGUCGGACGAGGCGUGCGUCUCGGGUCGAUGCGUGGAUCCGUGCCUGUACGAGAAUCCGUGCGCUCGAGAUGCGGAGUGCGUGACGUCGGACCACGCGGCCCGGUGCCGCUGUCCCCCGGGACGAACGGGGAAUCCCCUCGUCGCCUGCCUGCCCGAAGACCCGGAGAGACCGAGAUGCACCGAGGACGAGGACUGUCCCGGCAAGCACGCGUGCAGGAACGGGACGUGCGUGGAUCCCUGCUCGGAGAGUCCGUGCGCGGACACGGCCUCGUGCGAGGUGCUGGACAGCCGCCCCGUCCACACCGUCGUCUGCUCGUGUCCUCCGGGCACGGAGGGCAACGGGUUGGACGGAUGUCAUCCAGUCGCUCCGCUGGUGGAGGGAUGUCAGAGCGACGACGCUUGUCCGCCCGAGUUGGCUUGCAUCAACGGCCAGUGUCGGGAUCCCUGCAACUGCGGAGUCAAUGCCUUCUGCACCGUCAUCAAUCAUAGACCCAUCUGCAAGUGUAACGAUGGGUAUCAGGGGAAUCCGCACAUCGCCUGCUUCAGAGUGGGCUGCCAGACGGACGGCGACUGUCCGCUGGACAAGACCUGUCACAGAGAACGAUGCGUGAACCCCUGCUACGUCCGAAAUCCCUGCGCCUACAACGCGGAAUGCUUCCCGUUGAACCAUAACGCGAACUGCCGGUGCCCGCCCGGUCACGUCGGCGACCCGCGUCGCCGGUGCGAACUGCCGGGCUGUCGCAGCGACGACCAAUGCCCGAACGACAAGACUUGCUACGACCGCGAAUGCGUGAACCCGUGCACCCUGAACGACCCUUGCGCUCCGACCGCCGAAUGCGUUCCCCUCGACCACCGCGCCCAGUGUCGGUGUCCGCCCGGUCUAUCUGGCGACCCGCACGUUGAGUGUCGGUCGGCCCCUCCCCCCGAAUGUCGAACCGACCCCGACUGCCCCAGUGGGCUCGCGUGCAUCUCCGAACGAUGCGUCGACCCCUGCCCCAUUCUCAGACCCUGCCCUCAAGGCGCCCGCUGUCGCGUCCUGGACACGGUGCCGGUGCGAACCAUCGUCUGCGUCUGCCCUGACGGGCACAUCGUCGACGCAAACUCCGAAUGCAGGCCGACCUCCGAGUGUGCGUGCCGCAACGAUUCCGACUGCCCCUCCGGGCAGCUCUGCCGGGACUGUCGAUGCAGCCCGGAGGGCAGGGAAGGCGAACAAGUCCCCCCCGUGGUCGGGGGAUGCACGAGCGACGACGAGUGCCCUCCGACGGAAGCCUGCAUCAACGGCGUGUGCGCGUCGCCCUGCAACUGCGGACCCAACGCCGACUGUCGCGUCGUGAAUCACAGGGCCAUCUGCCAGUGCCGGCCCGGAUUCGCCGGCGACGCGAGCGUCGGCUGCUAUCCACUGGAAUGCCAGAGAGACGAGGACUGCCCGCAGACGAAGACCUGCCACAACAACAACUGCAUCAAUCCGUGCUUCCUCAACGAUCCCUGCGCCGUGACGGCCGAAUGCGUGCCGCAGAACCAUCGCGCCACCUGCCGGUGCCCGCCCGGCACCACUGGUGACCCCCUGCAGCACUGCGCCAUCAUCGGCUGCCGCUCGAACCGGGACUGCCCAGACGACAAGGCCUGCAUCAACCGAGAAUGCGUGAAUCCAUGCUUCUACGCGAAUCCGUGCGCCCCCGAAGCCGAAUGCCGCGUCGCCAACCACGCCGCGUCCUGCGUCUGCCCGCCUGGUACGACCGGCGACCCGAAGGUCCGAUGCGUGCCCGACGAACCGGCCACGGGACGAGAACCACCCGAAUGCGUCACGGACGGAGACUGCGGAUCCGGACUCGCUUGCAUCGACGGCACGUGUCAGAAUCCUUGCCUGGUCACGGCACCGUGCCACUCCUCGGCCAAGUGUCGAGUCCUCGACACCCUUCCCCUCCGCACCAUGAUCUGCGAGUGUCCCGACGGAUGGGUCCCGAUGGACGACGGGCGAUGUCGGCCUCUGGAGGUACCGACGCCGCCCGGCUGCGUGAGGGACGACGAAUGCCCCCCGCUGGAGGCGUGCAUCAACCGGCAGUGCAGGAACCCCUGCGCGUGCGGUCCCAAUGCGGACUGCAUCAUCGUCGAUCAUAGGGCCGUGUGUCGGUGCAAACCGGGAUACGAAGGGCAUCCUUACACCGGAUGUCGAGAAGUUGGUUGCCGAUCCGACGACGACUGCGCCGACGACCGCGCGUGCCACAACCGAAACUGCAUCAACCCCUGCCUCGUGAACGACCCGUGCGCCCAGCACGCGGAAUGUUACGCCCAGAACCACCGCGCCCAGUGCAGAUGCCUGCCCGGUUACGAGGGAGACGGACGCGUCUCCUGCAACAUCGUCGGGUGUCGGUCGAACGACGACUGCCCCGUGACCCUGGCCUGCAUCAACCGGCAGUGCCUGGACCCCUGCGUCUAUAGGAACCCGUGCGCCAACGGAGCGGAGUGCCGGGUGUCGAACCACGAAGCGGUGUGCCGGUGCCCGCCGGGUUACACCGGAGACCCGUACUCGCGAUGCGUGCCCGAGCCCUCGCCGGAGUGUCGCAUCGACCCGGACUGUCCCCCGCAGAUGGCAUGCUUCGACGGGGUCUGCAGGAAUCCGUGCGUGGAGAGCGAGCCGUGCGAUCGGAGCGCGACGUGCAGGGUCCUGGACACGUCGCCGCUGAGGACCAUGAUCUGCGUCUGUCCCGACGGGCACAUCACGGACGUCGGGGGACGUUGCGAGCCGAUUCCGGCCGUGACGGACCUGUGCCUUUCGGACGAGCAAUGCGCCUCGGACGAGGCGUGCAUCGACAACCGCUGCAGGAAUCCGUGCGACUGCGGGCCCAACGCGCAGUGCCGCGUCAUCGAUCACAAGCCGGUCUGCUCGUGCCUGGAUGGGUAUGCGGGCGAGCCGGAGCUUGGAUGCUUUGCAGUGGGUUGCCGAAGUAACACGGACUGUCCCGAACACCUGGCCUGCCGAAACAACCUGUGCACCGACGUGUGCGCCAUCGCAGACCCCUGUCUCGACGGCGUGGACUGCAAGAUCGUCGGUCGCCAGCCCGUCUGCAUCUGUCCGCCCGGAACAUCCGGUGACCCGCGGUUCGGUUGCUCCCCGAUCGGGUGCCAGUCGAACGACAGCUGCCCCACCGAUCAGGCGUGCGUGAACGGACGAUGCGUGAACCCGUGCGAUUUCCAGGACCCGUGCGCUCCGGAUGCGGAGUGCGAGGUCGUCAACCACGAAAUCUCUUGUCAGUGCCCGCCGGGAUACGAGGGCGAUCCGGUCGUCGGUUGCACUCGAGUGGCGAAAGGCUGCGAGUCCGACGAAGAUUGCCCCUCGAAACACUCCUGCAUCCGCGGCGAGUGCGUGAACCCCUGCACCCUCGAGCCCUGCGGGGUGAACGCGAAAUGCGACGUCGUCGACACCGUGCCCGUCCGCACCAUCACCUGCGUCUGUCCCCCGGGAUUCUUCGGGGACGCGGCCGUCGAGUGCAAGCCAGUGCCGGAGUGCCCGACGGAGCGAGGCUUCGUGCUUCGGAACGGCGAGUGCGUCUGCCCCCCGGAGCUGGGGAAGGGCGUGGACGCGAACGGCGACUGCAUCACCUGCCCGAUCCAGCAGGGAUACAAGAUCGACGAGCAGGGUCGGUGCGUGUGCGCGGUGGAACGGGGGAUGAUCGUGGACGAGAGGGGGCGGUGCGUCUGCCCGGCGCCGCUCUACGAGCUGGUCGACGGGAAGUGCAGCAAGUUGCCCCCGAUCCCGGUGGAACCGGAGUGUGUCGCCGACUACCAGUGCGAGGAUAACGAACGCUGCAUCAACCAGAAGUGCGUGGACGCUUGCGAGGUGAAGGCCUGCGCUCCCAACGCCUAUUGUAUCGCCCAGAACCAUCGGGCCGACUGCCGCUGUAUCACCGGAUACGUCGGAGACGGAGAGAAAGAGUGCAGACUGCCGCUGACGACCCCACCGUCGGGAUUCCGGACGGACUUCCCCCAGCCGGAGAUGGUGGUGAACUGCCUGUCGGACGGCGUGCAGGUGGACAUCCGCCUGGGAGACACGGUGGGGGCGACGGGGCGCGGCUGGGACGGCGUGCUCUACGUCAAGGGGUACAGCGACCGGGAGGAAUGCCGGAGGGUCAUCGCAUCCCGGGACCAGAUCCAGACCAUCGACUUCAAGAUCGACUUCAAUUCGUGCGGACUCAUUCAUGCGCAGGGCGAAGCGAGCUUCAUCCUGGUGAUCCAGAAACACCCGAAGUUGGUCACCUACAAGGCCCAAGCGUACCACGUGAAAUGUCUAUACCAGACGGGACCCAAGACGGUGACGCUGGGUUUCAACGUGAGCAUGAUCACGACCGCGGGAACGAUCGCGAACACGGGCCCGCCGCCAACCUGCAUCAUGCGGAUCCUCACGAACGAUGGAGGCAACAUCACCUCCGCCGUCAUUGGGGACCAGCUCAAGCUCAUUGUUGAGGUCCAACCGCUCACCGUAUACGGUGGUUUCGUGAGGAACUGCAUGGCCAAGACGAUGGAAGACGACGAGGAGAGCAUCUACCUGGUGACCGACGAGAACGGCUGCGCCACGGACCCGGGAGUGUUCGGGGACUGGACGUUCAGCCCGACUCUCGGCGCCUUGGUCGCGGACUUCGACGCCUUCAAGUUCCCCUCGUCCAACAGCAUCCGGUUCCAGUGCAACGUCCGGGUGUGCUUCGGGCGGUGCCAGCCGGUCAACUGCGGGGGGAGGGACGUGAUGGGGAGGAGGAAGCGGCAGAUCCAUUUCACCGACAUACACGACGAGGAUCCGGACAUCUUCCAGAGUCAGCACACGGGACAGUUCCGAGAGGAGAUCAUGGUGGAGAGCAAUGCCAUUCUCACCUUCGAGAAGAAGGAGCGAUUCAUCGACCCGACAGAUUCACCGGACGUACGGGUCGAAGAGGUGUGCGUGUCGAUGGUGGGAUUCAUCAUCGCCCUGAUCAUCACGGCACUGUUGGCCCUCGUGGCAGUGGCCGUCGCCGUGUCGUGCUGGCUCAUGGCCUACCGGCGUCGCCCCAAGAUCCCGGGCCCGUUGCCGCAUCCGCCGGACUUCCCGAAUCCGCUCUUCACCACGCCGGAGCCACUCGCCGAGCCGUCGCCCGACUACCUCUCGUGAUAAUCUGGACUACUUCCUACUCGCCGAAGACUGUGAUCCCAAUUCAUUCAUUGUUUUUUUUUUGGUCUUGUAUUUUUGUUGUUUUGAGCCGUGUUUUAUGGGUGGAAUCCCGGAAGCAGGGAAGCGCCUGCAACGAAGGAAGAGAAAUGUAAAACGUGAUAUCCUGAGACCGUCCCGUCCGCGUUGCGUCUCCGAACGCGACGUCUUGUACCCGUGAACCCUCCUGGGCUUUGUCCGUCUAGCGUGCGUGGGGCGAUAUCGAACGAAUGCGAGCUUCUCGAUCCCGUGUCGUCCGCUCUCCUUUCUCCUAACUUUUUAUUUAUUCAUUUUUUCCCGCAUUCCCCUUUUUUAGUCACUUUGGAAGACGUAACCACAAAAAAAAACGGAAAAGCUGCAGGCCAGUCCAGGCACGAUCACACGAGAUCCCGAUAAUCCAUGGGUGCUAUAAUGCUUAAUUUUUUGUUCUUUGUUUGUUCCCUGUUUUAACUCAUCGAGCGAGUGAAACGAAUGUCGCCCAGUGAGGAGAAAAAAAAAAAAACGAAACCCCUCGGAGGCUUUAGGAGUUCGGCCCUCUGCGCUCAACGCGAACUCCGCGUCCUCCCGCUAGAUCCGAUUUGUAUCAUACCUUUCCGCCUACUCACUCUCUCACUCUCUCAUCUAGUUGUUCUACAUCGUACAUGUGAUCAACAGCCAAUGACCAGGCAGCUAUCGAGUGAAUCCAGUGAUGGAAUGUGUGAGUCUCUUUUUUUUUCUUCUUCUUUCCACUCUCUGGCCACGAUCGUCUGUACAGCUUUGAACCUCGAUGCUGUAAAAUCUCGGGGGAGAAAAAAAAAAACUGCCAGUCUAAGUUAUUUAUCGUGGUGGAAAAUGUGAUGUAAAGCGGUGGCAUUGCCUCUCUUCCCCUGUCCUCGUUCUAGGAAAUUUUGCUCAUUGUGGGAUCAGAUGAAUCUCAUGUUUGCAAAGCCAGAACACUGCCACUUUUUUGCUUUUUUUUUUUCAUCGGCUCACACUGGUUUCCCUCUUAACUUCUCGCGUCUCAUCCGUCUCGUGUGGGACUGAGUGUAUGCAUGCAGCAAUGAAUUUGUAAUCUGUGACUUGGAAAUAAAAAGACC